CGGUUGUAUAAGCGGGUGGACUUUACUCGCAGUGGGCGGGGUCGGCUGCGCUCCGUUCCUGCCAUGGCUGCUCCGGGCACCGCCAGUCUCCUGCGGGCCGCCGCGGCCUCCUCCCGCCGCUGGCUCCUGGCCGCGUCCCGGGGAAGGCCGGGCGGGGACAGCGUUGCUGCCCGGACACCGGGCCGGUUCUUCGGCGUCUCCGCCCGGGCGCGGCUCAGCUCAGAAGAUAAAGUAACUGUCCACUUCAUAAACCGUGAUGGGGACAAACUAACAGCUGAAGGGAAAGUUGGGGACUCGCUGCUAGAUGUUGUUGUUGAUAAGAAUCUAGAUAUAGAUGGAUUUGGUGCAUGUGAAGGAACAUUGGCCUGCUCCACUUGCCACUUAAUCUUUGAAGACCACAUAUUCGAGAAAUUAGAUGCAAUUACUGAUGAGGAGAUGGACAUGCUGGACCUAGCCUAUGGACUGACAGAAACAUCUCGUUUGGGCUGCCAGAUCUGCUUGAAGAAAUUUAUGAACAAUAUGACUGUUCGAGUACCUGAAGCUGUUGCUGAUGCUAGACAAUCCAUAGAUAUGAGCAAGAAUUCCUAAAAUAAAACUUGUUAGGAGCUUUUCAUGACAUUUUUUAACUAUUUUUAUAACUUAUUUCUGAAUGUUUAAAUGUGAACUUACAUAAUCAUGGGAGUUAUUUUUGACUAUCAAUGUUAAUUCUGUUUUAAUUUUCUUUAUGGAACCACUUAUUUUAAUUCUUAAAAAGAGGUAAUACUUUUUAACAAGUUAAAGCUGAACUGUAAAAUGUUGACCAAAUUAGUCUUGGAGAAGUCAUUAAUGGAUUUAUUUAUGUAAAGAAGUUUUUUUUUCUUUUUCAGCUGUAUUUGAAAACCAGACUUUUUCACUAAAAUAGUGAUUUUUUUUAAUAGAUUCAAAACCAUUUGGUUUUUAGGGUUUCAGGCCUAGAAACAUUAGGGUGCUGGACAGAUGACAAAUGUAGCACAGACUGUUUUUCUGUUCAGUUCCCUGUGCAUUUCCUGUGGUGUAGUAGAAACAAGAGUAUCCAAAGAGAGCUAAUUUGCUGGUUGAUGGUAUGGUGCUUUCACAGCAACUGGAAGUGUAAUUAGGAAGACGGGUGGAGCUGGCAUAUCCUAAAUCUGGAAAUCUUGAUAAAAUAUGACACAUACUGUUGAGAUAAUGUUUCCAUCCAGUCCAGUCCUGCUGCUGAUAGUGUCUAAUACCUGAUAAAAGCAAUUUUCUUAUCUUCCCAUUGCCAAUUAUGGGUCCAGAUCCUACCGUUACUGUGUGCAUAGGAUUAAGCCCUUACUAAGUAUUUGACCCUUUCUAGAUUCCCACCCAUGCACCCACAGUAUGGUUUAAAAAAAAAAAUCCAAACUCCAUGCUUUUAACCAUCAUUGUAUAUCUUUUCACUUUUCAUGGUAUACAUUAUUAGGUGUGCCAACUGCCAUGGAAUAUAAUGGUCAUAUCGUUAGCGUAUAAAAUCAUUUUUAGAUUUGGAUGAAAUCUUUAUUUUGUAUAUAGCUGAACAUUAAUUCACAUUUGACUACUUAAGUAUAGUCAUCAGGUACAGUAUUUGAGCUGUCAACACUGACCCCUAGAUUUUUUUAUGUAAAAGGUUUUUUCAUGUUUCAUUUAUAUGUGAAGAAGAAUUUACUUUUUUCUUAACUAUGCAGUACCUAUAACUCAUAAACUUAAUUUGCUGUGUCUGUUACCCAGGAUUGACUAAAUCCUUCUACACUUCUUAGAGUGAAUCAACAUCUUUUUACAUACUCAAGGAAUUCCUUCUCUUCUAAAUAUUUCAAAAACACUCAUUCUACUUCUGAAUUCAGGGGUGCUCCUCUACACUAACCAUUUCUUAUUAUACUGAUUCAUGUUACCUAAUCCAUUUUUAAUCUAUGUAGGACUUUACCCCUUAUCCUAUAUGUUCUGGUGAGAGAGCUCAUUUACUUGGAUUUUCAAAAAAAUAUUUGGUUUAGUGGUCUGACAAAACACAGCAGGAGUAUAUUCAUUCUGAAGCCUCAUUGGGACAUAAGCAGAACAAAAAGAAGAGGUAAAUUAGGGAAAUAUAUUCAAGAUAAAAGAGAUAUUGAGCUCUGUCUUUUCCUCUGUUACUGCUCUGUGAAUAACAUUGUAGGAUGGUGGGAGUGUAAUAUUAGUCCCACUGUCUCCUCCCUGAAUUCUUUAUGUAAUGCAGUACUAUCACUUAAAAUACUUUAAGAUUUUAUUUUAUUGAAUAGCAGCUCUUUACACUUUGACUAAGAACACUUGCAAUUCAGGUCCCUAGAAUGGUAGCAGUAUAACAAACUGCAUCAUGUGCUGUAGAAAACUGAACUUUUUAGUAGGUUUUAUUCAUGGUACAAGGCACUUUUCAUUGUGAUGACCUCAAAGCACUUAAACACUGUGAGCUAGAUUCAUAAAGGGAUUUAGGUGCCUAACUGACACUUUAGGUGGCUAACUCUGAAAUGUAGGUUCCACAGGUAGUGAGAAAGUUCUACUCACCUGCCACCCAACUCUAAGUGCCUAAAUUCACUUGACACCUACAUUUCUGCAGAAAAAGCUCACUAAGUGUCUGUCUGUGCCUCUGCGCAUAUACACCGCAGCUUUCUUGUAGGCAUCAAAACACCUUUCUCCCACCCAAGCUGCAGUGUGAUGUGCAAACCAGGGGAAGAUAAGCAGCAAAGAGUCCUGUGGCACCUUAUAGACUAACAGAUGUAUUGGAGCAUGAGCUUUCGUGGGUGAAUACCCACUUCGUCGGAUGCAGGGGAAGAUAGGCAUUCCUCUGCCGAACUGGCAUGUAGCGCCUGAUCCAGUAGUUUUACUGGAUCGUGCCUUCCAGGUGAGCUCACCUAGUUCCACACAACAGAGGUGGGAGAGGGUGGCAGAGAAGGAGAUCUUCCCUCAAAACUUUUAGCCUAGUGGUGAGGAUACUUACCUGGGAGGCAGGAGUCCUAAUGGGUGAAAGGUGUGAACAUAAGCCCAUCACUGUCCAACAUUAAACAAUGUUAAACAAGGUCUAUGGUUUGGUAUACAGAGACCUCAGCCUGCUUAGUACCAUGACAAACACACCAUUAAACAUUCUUUUUAUCUUAAGGAAAAACUAUUAAAGCAUUUCAAAUAUAAAGUAUUAAGUAAGGCUUUCAUUUUAAUCUUUCUUGUUCCUUUUCCCUGGAGAACAUUUUAGACCUUAGAAAGGAACUGUGCUAGUACUGAUCUCUAUGGAAAGCCAUUGUGCAGACUACUUUUUUGCUAACCUGAAUUGAGAGAUCAUGGAAAGGUCCAAAAGCAUUGACCUAAUGAGUAGAAAUGUCUGGUCACAUUGAAUUAAGUUGGAUAGCAUCAGAAAUGAGUCCUUGUGCAAGAGUUUCAGGCUGAUGACAAGUUGAUAAAAGCUGUGGGCAUUUUAAGUUUCUGCUGGAAGCCAGCCUCAAUGUAUGUAGUCAGUACAAGCACUGGUUCUUAGCAACUUUGUCCUGCCCUGCAGUGUUUCUUUUCAGGGGGUCUUGCAGGCUCUAGGAUGGGGGUCAGCCUUACCACUAUCGUCCACUCCUGUAAUUUGUAUUACAUGCUGCAAGAUCAUUUAUGCCAAUGACCUGGCACCACUGACACAGGCUGCAACAUUCAAGGACGUGAAAGAUGUCCUUUUCGUUGAUCUGAAGAGGAUGGAAAAUUUACAUUCGGUACUGGCAGAUCAAACCCAAUCCAUCAAGACUGGUGUCAGCUUUCCAUCUCAGCAGUUCUGAAGCUAAGAAGAUGCUGAGUGUAAACUGUUGUGGCAAAGUAAUUGCCCAUGAUCCUACCCCCACUACCUCAGAGUCGCUCUCAAUCACUGCCUUACCUAUCAACAACAUUUGAAAUAGGUAAGCCAUAAAAUAAGGAGUUGCACCAGUAUUGUGCAAAAGCUAUCUGCUUCUAGCUGGGUUCGCAGUGCUCAAAUGCUAUGAACAGCAACGCUAUUCCAUGUCCAAGUACUACAAACCUAUUUGGGGAGGACAUUUGGAUACAGACCUUGAUAUCCAGCUAAAUGGGGCUGGCACCCUGAAGUCCAUUCUGCUGCCUUGGUUUUCAGUCCUCACGGACAUCUUUGAACUAUCUGGUGACAGCUGGCUGUGUUGCAUGAGUACUAACCAAAAACUAACCAAAAGCUGCUCACUAACCAAAAGCUGCUGCUUCAUGACAACCUUGUUCACUUGCCUUACACUUGAUUUAAUGCCACCAACAUUCUGGGCAGCUGAAAAAGCUUUUUUUUUUUUUUUUUCAUCCAGCUUCAACUCAGAAUACACCUGGUGCCUGCAAUGGGCAGUGAGUGAUGUGAACAACCAACACCUCAUAGAUGAUCCCACUGUUGAACUGCCUGGUUUCUUGUUCCACCAAAGACAGUGGAUGACCAUCAACUGUAUUAGGAUCUUCCAUGGAAGAUGUGCGCAUCCCAUGCACAAAUGAAGAAUCGAGGAUUUGCCACAGUGUGAAUGUGGAGACCUCCAAACCAUCAAACACAUUGUGAACAACUGCUUCGUCUUUUAAUUUCCAAGAGCUAUAGGAAAGAUGUACGCUGCAUCUCCUGAAGCCCUUGAAUGGAUUGCUGGCCUUGCUGUGAACUUGUAAAUGUUGCUAUGAAAGAAGUUUUGGAAGGAACCCGCACCUGCCCCCUUGUCUAACAGUCAGUGUCAAAGAUGGUAACUGUCUUUUUGUGUAAAAGAGAAGAAGUUAAUGAGCUGGAACUGAUAACGUCUGCUCCUGUUUUGUUCCAUGUGGUGUUUGGGAUUCAGCUGGAGCUAGUAGUGAUGGUGAUAUUAUCUGAAUCCCUCUUUCUGGCCUGAUCUAGUAAAGACAUUCCUCAGGAUUAGGAUAAAGAAGGUCUUCGGUCCCAAGAGACAGUGGGGGGUGGCAGCCAGCUCCAGGAGACUCUGCUCUUCUAUAUUCCUCCUCACCCCAGCCUCUGAAGUCAUUCUUUGUGGACCCAAAACAGGAGUGAUGGGAGGAAUAGCCCAUCCCCUCAUUAUUUUGUCCACCCGUGCGGUCUUAAUAUCUGACACACCAAUUUUGGUAAGUCAGUUUCCAGUUCCACAUCUUAUCUUUUUACCAAGCGUGAUUUCAACUGAGUCCUUUAAUCAUAUCAACCUGCCCUUUAUUUGGUUGAAUUAAUUUAGUCUCUGCUUCUCUUGCUCUUGUUUAUAACAUUCAUUAGUGAAAGCAACUUGACCUGUUUUCUAUCAUCAUUUGUUAUAGGUUGUUUCAUCUUAUUAACCCACAAUUUGGACAUUAGGCACUCCUUGAUUUGCCUACAAUUAUGCAAUUUAUUCCAUCCGAAUAGGUAAUAAGGUGGUGGCCCGCCCUAGAGUUAUUACCAGGGGUUUGCCUCCAGCCCACAGAGGACUCCGUGGAGCAGGCUAAUCCUGCUAAUCCCUUGGAAGGACACGGAUACAACCCUCCACUCAAAGGAUUGACAUGCAAACAGCAAGUCUUUGAAAACACAGUAUCGUUUUAUGUAAAGGAAAUAAGCAAUUACAAUAUAUUUAAUAAAGCAAGAAAAGAUACUCUAUGGGAUAUUCUGGUGUGGGGCUCCCUCACUCCCUUCUCUUGAAGCUGUUCUGCUUUGGAUAGUCAUGGGAGAUGGGGAACUGGUUCCCCCGGGUGAGUGCUCUAACCAUCAAGCUAGAAAGUCAUUCUCAUGCUUGCAUAUGUCCACUUGCGCUCUCUGGCCCAGUGACUCUGGAUAAAUAAUUAGAGUGGAACAGCUUUAGCAGCAGUGAUUGCGGCAGCCCCAGAUCAGAAUAUCCUCUAACCCAUUGAGAGGAAACUUACCUAAGAAGUGGCAGAUACUUCUCUGCAGUGGGGGGUGGGGUCCUUCCAUAUCUAAGAUAAUAUUCUAACCACUAGUCUAAAAGUUAUGAGAGAGCUCUUCCUCCUCGCCCCCAAAAGAGAGUGUGCACAGCUGAUAAUCCCAGCAGCUACAGGUGCCUCCCUCCAGCCUGAAUUUAGGUGUUGACCUACUGAGCUCAAGGCUUAAGCCACACUCCCCUCACAUUGGCUAGUUUAGGCAGGGAACUGCUUAGUAUUCUGGCUUUUAUGAAUCCUAUGUCCCUCCCUUCACUGCAUAGGAACUCUGUGUGCGUAACUCAGGCACUGUGAAUCCCAAUGAUUUUCUAGCAUCUAAAAUAUAGGCACGGUGAUAAUCAGUCUUGCAAUGGCUGAGUCCCUUUGUGAAUCUAGCUCUGUAUCACCACACAAAUGUGAAACCACCAGCGUGCAACUGUCUUUGGUAUAGAUAGUGUAGGGCUGUUCUAAUGUGUUAGCACUUCACAUGAAGGCCUCCUGCGGUGUGAGGUUUUUAUUUUUUUAUUUUUUAUUUUGUAUAAUAUGAUCAUAGGAGGAAUUCAUUCAGCAGAGAAAGGCAAACAGAAACCACAAAGUUCAUUUUUGGCUUCUCUGAGUGUCCUAUGUUGUAUAGGAAUGUGGAUCUGAGGAAGGGUGAAGGAAUUGACAUGUACUUGAGAAAAUGCAUACAGCUCCCAGCUGUACCUGUUUUCAGUUAUCAAAAAUGAUGUGCAAAUAAAUCUUAUUUUAUACCAA